UGCACUUCCUUGAAAACAAAACUUCUGGUCACACGUGAAAUGUUGUUAUCAGGAAGCAUCUUAUUUUUUCCCCCGCUCAUCAUGCUUGUUUCAGAGCCAGAGAAUCCAGUUUCAGGUAUUUACUUGAGCUGACAAGGAUAACAAGGAAAGAGCACCUGCAAAGACAUGUCGCACAAUGGUAUAACUACCACGAGGCAGAUGAUGGUGGUCAUAUCCACAGUGGAGGAAUGGUCCUGUCUGAAGUCUCUGCUGCAGGAUUGCUCUGGGGAUAAACAUUUCCAGUUAAACUUUAGUUCUCUGGGAUCAAAUCAAGUCUGUGACUUGACAUUGGAUAGUUGCAUGAUCAGCUUGCACUAUGCAGAUUUAAAACAAAACAUGGCAGAGGAGGGCAUGAUCCAGGCAAUAGAUGGCUGCUUUAAAUCUUGCUCUGAUGGAAUCAGUACAUUUUUGCUGCUGAUCCAAGGUGGAUAUUACACAAAGACGGAAAGAAGAAUGAUAGAGAUACUGCAGACACACUUUGGAGCUGAGGCUUUAAGAUACCUGGUAGUGCUCUCUUUGGAAGAUGGAAAGGUUGCUGACACAAUGGACGAUGCCCUUCUGGAGCUGAUAAACAUGUGCGAUGGAAGAUACUGCCGAAUCACCACAUCUGCAGCCAGAGACAAACUGCUCGCUCUCCUCGAGAUGGUCGACUACAUGCUGGUUGAAAACGGUGUGUCCGGCUACACAGAAACCAUGCUGACUGAAGCUACGAAAAGGAGCACAGAAGACUCAGCCAUGAAGAUGCUCAAACUGAAGGUGCAAGAGGCUGAGGAGAAGGAGCAGGCCCUUAAACAGCUGGUUAUACAACGUGAGGGAAGGAGAGCUAAAGAGAUGGAGGAGCUGAAGGCGAAACACGCUGAGGAAAGAAAGAAGGAGGCAGCUGAAAAAAAGCAAUAUGAGACAAAAAGAGAGAGCCUGGAGGAGGCUGUGCUGAGCCACAGAGCCAUGUUGCAGCUCCAGAUGAGUGUCACUGAUGAUGAUGACACGAAGAAGAUGUCAGUCAUCCUGUUGGGUCUCUCUGGCAGUGGGAAGUCCUCUGCUCUAAAUCUUAUUCUAGAGAGAGCAGGUAAUCAAUACUCAGUUAAUGAGUGUAGUGAUGAGCCCCCGCAGCCCACCUUGUCUUGUGAGAGAAAGGAGGUGUUUGCAGCAGGGAGGCGUCUCAUCCUGGUGGACACCCCUGAGCUGUGGGAUGAGGAUGGGGUGGAAAAUCUGGAGAUGGUCAAGGACUGCUUGGCUUUGUCCCUACCUGGACCCCAUGUCUUCCUGCUGGUGCUCCAACUAGGCCGCUUCACCCAGGGCGAGUCCGAGAUGCUCGGCCUUCUGCAGAAGAUCUUCGGACGAGACUUUGCAGAGCACGCCAUCGUCCUCUUUGUUCACUUUGAUGGCAACCAGCACAGGCCUCAGAGGAUCAACGACUACGUGGCCGGAGCCCAUGCAACCCUCCAGGGUCUCAUCCAGAAGUGUGGAAGCCGUUUUUAUGAGCUGAAUGUUACAAAGAGUGCUUUGAGCUAUCCUCAGGUGAAAGACCUGCUCUCAGGAAUCAACAAACUGGUAGCUUCACAUGGAGGACACUCCCACUCAGUGAAGAGAUUUUCUGAGCAGGAGCUGCAGGAGAGGAAGAAAAUGAUUGAAGAGAGGAAGGAGGGGGCUUUGGAAGAUAACUAUUUAUUGAGAGAUGCUUGAUUUCUAUACUCACAGUGUAUUCAAUUCCAGUGAUACCAGUAUAUUCAAGUACUGAAUAGACUGCAAAUGUAUUGCUUUUAUCAUCAUGGUUUACUUGUAGAAAAUUGCCACUGGAGGCACUCUGUAUUGGUACAUUUUACAAAAUCUCAAACAAUUGCAACUUAAAGGAAUUAUUGGCAAAUUACAUAAUACAUUCUCUUUUUAGAAAAAUAAUAUUUAUCCAAUCAACGCAGCCAGUCAAAGUUGGUUAGCAAUUCAGAAAUGAUUUUAAAAUGUUGCAUUGUGAAUAAAACAAAUAGGUGGUGGGGAUUUUCCAAACUAAACAGAGGAGCAGAACACAUCAAGAAUUAUUAAUGUCUAUGUUUAUCUGUGUUGAGCACAGAGGGGAGGAAAAGAAGAAGUACAGCUGCAGAUUUUUUUUACUGUUGGACCCUGUUGCCAGGGCUUGUCUGACAAGUUUAUGAGAUUUGCUUGUUGAUAUCUUGAUUGCCUAACAGUUACAUCCUUAAACACCAUCCAUCAGAUGUACUCAGUUGCCAAGCAUCUGAUACAGCUGAAUAAAAACAGCAAGACUGAUGCAAAAGUUGUUUCAUUAUAGCAGUUAUUGUGUAAGUCUUAAAUGGUUUCUGUUCAGCCAAUGACUUAUUAUGGUAUAAUGUCUUAUAAUUUAAUGAUGGUUUUUGUUAUUUGCAGUUUGUCUGCUCCAUAACUCUUCAUCUUUGCACUCAUGUAUUAGGUUUAAGUAACCUUUUGAGUUUAUGUUUGUUUUCUGCAUGUCUCUCUCUGUUAUUGAACUGCGUCUGAAACUUAUUCUUCAAAAUACAAAGUAACUCCAGACAUGACAUUUGUAUGUGAUCAACUGUAUUUUAUUGAUUCUUCUAUA